CUUCACAAGACCACAUCUCCUCAGCAGGACCCCGCCCUGGAGUAGAUCUCAGGCCCAAGCCCUUUCGGGUUGAGGAAUCAGGAGGUGGAGGAUAAAAGCCCCCCCACAUCUGUCUCCUCCCCGCUGCUGCAGCCAUGUUUAUCACGGUAAUGUUUGGAGCUGGCCACUGGGAGCUGGUCAACCCCUGGUGCAGCCUGAUGACCCUCACUGCCCACCUGAAGCGUAAGGGGCAGGUGCCCCCAGAUGCAACCAUUGCCCUCUUGGCUGAGGAUGGGCACUUGGUGAGCCUGGGCGAGGACCUGAAGGAGGGGACUUCCUCAGCUCCCUCCAUGGGUAGUUCCCUGCUACAGGAUCGAGGGGCCUAUGUUCUCGUGCAGAUUAUCAGAGGGGAAGGCGGAGCCCCCACCCGCUAUGUGUCCCUACUGGAGAACCUGGAUGACUGGUAUCCUGAGCUGGCAGAGGAGCUGCGCUGGCUGUCAGGCCUCCCAGCUAUGGGUAACAGCAGGAGGAGACGCAUGGGCAAUCGGCGCAGCCAGCAGGAGCAAGGCACUCCUUCAAGGUCCCGAAGGGUGGUCUCACUGACAUCCAGGGCCCGCUAGCUGGGGCCAGAAGCACAGUAUGAAGAAGGUAUGGAUGCCCAAAAAGACAGGUUGAAGUGGGAUCCCUUCCCAAGGGACAGACAGGUGUGUGCAGAGGCAGACCCUCAACCAAGCCCACAUACAUACCCCCAAGAGGGAAGACAUUGUUUCAUGAGAUGAGUCCCACCCUGCUGGAAUGUAAGCACCUUAGGGCAAGAAUGUCCUCAGUGCUUAGAUAUAGAAUAGGGUAUCACACAAUAGGGGCUCAAUGCCUGGAUCAGAUCUCCAGCAUUACCUCAUGGGCGGUGCGUGCCUCAUGUGUGUGUGUGUGUGUGUGUGUGUGUGUGUGUGUGUGUCUUUACGACAGCUGAGGAUGUAGCUCAGUGGUAGGGGACUUGCCUAGCAUGUGUGAGGCCCUGGAUUCCUUCUCCAGUACUGUAAAAAAGUGCUUGAUGAGGCAGUCUGCACUGGGUUCAAAUGACCUACUCCUCUGUUCCAGCAGGUCCUGUGACCUGGCACACUACACCCAAGUAGCCGAGCUGGACUCAGAUCCAAGAGGGGUGGCUCUGACCCCUGUCUCAUGUGAUCAGGUGCAAGCAGACAGCAGCCCUGCAGGAGUCCUCUUGCGGAAUCUGGAAUUACUGAAAAGUUGCAUCAGCAACGGGCAAGGUCACAUUCAGAAUGUCAGGCUGUGGGUAGGAGAUCCCCUAAGAUGUGGGUGCAGAUAAUGGGAUCUAGAGGCAAAAACAUAAGUGGAAGGAGCAGGUAUCUCUGAGGGGUGGAGAUAAUAGGCUCCUCCCUGGAUUAUAGCCUCCAGUCAGAUGCCCUUGGUGUCACCUGCUAAUAUCUUAUUACCUCACUUUGGACUGCCCAAGGUGGUCUGUCCUUGGCUAGCCACAGUGCACAUUACAACAGGGCUCCUCCCACACCACCACAAUAAGAAAUCCAUCCAUCUCCCUGACCCCACCUCACCAGCCAGGUUGCUCCUGGCAGAUAGGCCAGCAAGAGGGCACACAGCAGGCUGUGUUCUAAAAUAAACUCUUUAAUUAUA